UGAGGAGCAGGACGCAGCUGGACGCGGUUGUGGUCCAGACGCGCUCAGACCAACAGCAGGAGUCCGGAGCAGAGUCUCCACAGCUGGAUGAAGACAUGAAAUCUUAAUCUUAAUCUUAAUCUUAAUCCUAAUCCUAAUCUUAGAUUUUGGGUUUUGGUUCUUCUUGCUCCUCUGUCAUCAUUCCCGUCCAGAGCGGUUCCACGCGGCUCCUCUCCUCCUGUCCCGGACUCGCAGGGACCCGGUGCUCGUUGGUGUGUGCGGUGUGUGCGCUCGCGAUGGUGGUUCUGGUUCUGGUCCUCGCGGUCCCACUGCUGCUGCUCGGCUCGUCUCAGUCCUCCGCGCGCCACUAUGAGAUGAUGGGAACAUGUCGCAUGGUGUGUGACCCGUACACCCCGAAACCCGGAGCGUCCAGCGCCAUGGAGGUGAUCCACAACCUGGACGACGCGGCUCCGCAGCCGCGGGUGGCGCAGGGGGGGCGCGGGGAGCCGGGGAGGACGGGUAAACCCGGACCCAGAGGCCCGCCGGGGGAACCAGGACCCCCGGGACCCAGAGGUCCACCGGGACCGAGGGGCGACAGUAAAGUGUCCUUCCCGGCGCUGAGCGGGGCUGCUCCAGGACCAGCACCAGGACCAGGACCCGCGGACUCGGACAAUGUGAACUCGACCAGCACCAGCACCAGCACCUUCCGGAUCGCGUUCUACGUGGGUCUGAAAAACCCGCACGAGGGAUACGAGGUGUUAAAGUUCGACGACGUCAUCACGAACCUGGGGAACAACUACGACCCGAGCAGCGGGAAGUUCACGUGCCAUGUGUCCGGGAUCUACUUCUUCACCUACCACGUGCUCAUGCGCGGCGGGGACGGAACCAGCAUGUGGGCCGACCUGUGCAAGAACGGACAGGUGACCAACACGUGACCAGUACACAAACAAACAAACAAAAAAAAAACAAAUCCGCUUAUUCCAAAUUACGCACACUUUACGCACAGCAGCGCC